AUGUCGUUGAGUGAUUUUGCAUCUGGCGCGUGGGACUCCCUGGAUGUUUGGCUAAAUUUGCUGGACUUCUCGGAAGCCCGUGACGGAUUCCUUGGGAUCGAUCAUGAAACGAAUACGACUAUAGAACGCCUCGGAACCUUGUUCGGCGAUGCCAGCGGAACGCAGUUUUGCGGUGAAGGAUUCGAGAACUUCCAGAACACGGUGAAGGGGUUCCACGGCUAUUUGAGCCUCGUCAUCUGCAUCUUGGGAACCAUCAUGAACAUGCUGAACAUCAUCGUACUGACGAGGAAGGAGAUGGAGUCGCCGACCAACUCGAUCCUGACGGGACUCGCGGCGGCCGACAUGUUGGUGAUGCUGGAGUACAUCCCGUAUGCGUGCCAUGUGUACAUUUUCAACGACCGGCCGCUCGAGAGCCGAUUGUCUUAUGCCUGGUCGGCCUUCGUCAUGUUCCACGCCCACUUCAGCCAGAUCUUUCACACCAUCUCCAUCUGGCUGACGGUCACGCUGGCGGUGUGGCGCUACAUCGCUGUCCGAUUCCCGCAGCGGAAUCGCAUGUGGUGCGACAUGAAGUCUGCCGCAGCGGCCAUCACGUCGGCCUUUGUCUUCAGUCCGAUCCUGUGCAUCCCGAGCUUCCUCAUGUUCAGCAUCCACAGGAAGAAGCUGGUGCACAGCGACGAAACGGUCACGUCGGUCUACGUGGUGGCGCCAAGCAAAAUGGCCAUUGCUGACGACGGCAUCCUCCAGCUUGUCAACUUUUGGACGUACUCGGUGUUCAUCAAGAUUGUGCCGUGCGUGGCACUCAUGGUGCUGACGUAUGUACUGGUGAGUACAAUGUACGAGGCGCAGAGACGGCGCCUGGACCUGACGAGCAACGCGGUGAAACGGGGCGGUGGUGAUGCAACAACAACGACGACGAGUAGUCUCGCGGAGCCAUUGACGACUACCACUACUGCGGUGAGCAAGUCCGGUGGGCGAAAGCAGAAGCAGACGGAUCGGACGACGCGGAUGCUCGUGGCCGUCGUCGUGCUCUUCCUCAUCACGGAGAUCCCACAGGGCGUUCUUGGACUGCUGAGUGGCCUGCUGGGUCGAGGUUUCUACGAGACUUGCUACCACUACCUGGGCGAGGUGAUGGAUCUGCUCGCACUCACAAAUUCUGCCAUCAACUUCCUUCUCUACUGCUGCAUGAGCUCCCAGUUCCGCCGCAUAUUCUCGCAGCUCUUCAAGCCGCACGUCAUGCACCGUUCUCCAAACGCCAACGGAGCCGUGUCCACGGCUGCUGAGACUCAGAUGUAG